GUUCUUCUCUGGUUAAACAGGUUACUGCUGCUGUUGCAGCUCUUAGUCACUAGAAUGUAGGUGGGGUUCACUCCUCCCUUAGUGCUGAUUAAAAAGCGGCUCAGACAGACACAGCCUCUGUCUGCAGAGAAGCCUCCUUACACUACCCCUCCCUGUAGAAUCAGGAGGAAUUCUUGCCCAUCCUCUUCUGGAGACCCUGACUGCUCCAUAAAGAUGGUGUCGUGCCAGUGCAGUCUUGCUUGCUGGAGAUGCAGGUGGCUCCUGCCCCUUAUCCUUGGCUUAGCAAUCAUCAUGGGCAUCAUUGCACUGUCUGGCAGGGGCUGGCUGGAGUCGGAGGCCGGGAUAGGAACUGAGGAGCACCAAGCAUCUUUGUGGGAGAAGUGCAUUCGGACAGGAGCUAAUCCCAACUGGGUGUGCAGCUCCCUCAUGGACUUCGCCUGGGGAAGAGCUGCCGCUGCCACAUACCUAGUUGGCUUUGUGAUCCUGGUCAUCUGUUUUGCCCUUGCAAUCAUAGCCUUCUCUGUCGAUAUACUUCGUUUUAACUUUGUGCGAGGAAUUGGAGGAUUGCUCUUUGUUGUUGCUGCAUUCCAGAUUAUUGGAUUGGUUAUCUAUCCUGUGAAGUUCGUAAGCACCUUUGCAGAAAUGACUGGAUCUAACAUGUUCAGCUGGGCUUAUGGUUUUGGUUGGGCUAGCACUAUAGUCGUAAUUGGCUGUGCUUUCUUCUUCUGCUGCCUGCCCAACUGGGAAGAUGAGGUCCUUGGUAACAUCAAACCUAUGUAUUAGUAACCUUCUCCAGAGAGCAGUUGAACAGCAUAUUGUAUACCCUGAAAGAAUAAAUUCAAGUAUAAGCGCAUAGAAAAUUAUGGUAGAAGAGCUUUUUUCUGUUAUUUUUUUUUUUAAGUUGGGCGUUAGAGGCUGAAAAAGACCAUUUUAUUUUUCAAAUGAAUUUUGAACCUGCACAGUACUGAGUUAGUCAAAAUGUAUGGCAGUUUUCAGCAAAUAUUUUAGGUCAGAGAAUGUGUGAUACAAAUGUUUGGAUUAGUCCAUUUGUUGCUUCCCUCUAAACACACAAAUUCUCACUAACAGCAUAACAAACAUUGCAUCUUUAUUUGGACAUCCAUUUACAAGAAGGAUUUUAGCCUUAAGUUACAAGGGGAGAGUGAAGAGGAAUACACUGUAAACUUGAAUAGUCCUUUUGGAAACCUCAAGUGGCACUCGUGUGGUUAUGCAAAUUUCUCAUUGAUAAGAGAGAAUGUAAAAACACUUCAAAGAAUGUGCUUUUCCAUCCAACAUAACUAGUCCUAAAGAAGAAUUUUUACUGUUUGAGUCCACUGAAAUUCAAGACUUCUGAGAUUAGCCAAUACCAGGGGUGAGAAGACAAUCUUAUACUGAUUUAAAAAUUUGAAAGUCUAAAAAAUGUAAGUUGGGUGGAAUGCUCCCCAAAAGUAGACAGCAAACAUCUACAUAUACAGCUGGCGUUCAUUUUUGAAGACUGCAAUUCUUGCAUGCGCUGAAGUGCUAAGUGGCUUAACACAGAUAUUCUUAAAAGAGAACAAUUGCCAUUCUUUGUACCAUUGGACUUUAUAAUGUAUUUUGUUGUAUUUUAGAGAUGUUAGUUCAGGCAAUAUUUUAAAGUUGUGUUUUUUUUAUUGAGUAUUUUUCAUUUCCUUCAACCUUUAAACACAUUGCUGUAGCUAUGAUACAGGCUUUGGGGAAAGUUGGAAUAAAACUGAAAAGCUUUAAAAAGCCUUCUACAUUUUUUUUUUUAUGUAUCACUAAAAUAGUUUGUACCAUUUAAUACUUUGUGCACUGUAGACCAUUAGGGGCAAUAGGUUCAGUUGAAAAAGUCUUUGGGUGAGUAUGUGUAGUUACAGUUAUGUGGAUACAUUUCAGGGAAUAAUCUGAAACUCCAGCUGAAUGAGAUAAAGGUUGUGCUUCUAGUCCUGAUAAUUCAAGCAUAAAUCUGUCUUUUACGCUGUGGACUGAUAUUACCUUUGUAGUGCUACAAAAGUCAAACAGAUUCAUGUACAUACCCCAUUUAGCGCUACAAAUAUGGCAGAAGCACUACAGAGAAGUUGCUGUCUGAAACAUCAACUUCUCUGUAGUGCUAUUUUUUGUAGUACUGCUUGUAAUGCUCCAGUCUAGAGGCUUUGCAGAGGGGCACCCAAUUGUUACACCUAGAGCACUUCAUUUUGUGUCUCUUGGAAGAGUAGCAGCACUUGCUACAGGCAUUUAAGGUGAUGAGAUCCCAAAUUACCAGUGACCUGACACUCAGCUGUGGGAGAUCCAUGACUGAUGGAUAUGAAUAUUCUUUAUAGGAUAUCUAAAGAAUAUUGAAUGUAUGAAUAAAGUAUGAAUAUUCUUUAUAUGAAUGCUUUUGAGGUAAGUUACUGUUUUUGAAUGGCAUUUAUUUGAACUGUAGAGAGAUUACCCAAUCUGUCAGGACUGCUUCCAGCAUUUGCAAAGUGACAAAAAGUACAAAGUAGCUGCGCUUUCUUUCAUUGUUUGUCAAGUAAGCUGGAGCUUAUCACUGGGUUGAAGAAACAGCACAACUUGUUCCAUAUAAUCAUCAUACCUAUACCAGAGGUGAAUUGUGUGCAUGUAUGUACUUAAUAUACAAAAUGCAACCGAUAAGACCUAUCACAAUAUUGUCCAACUAAAAUACAUUAAAACAACAGUUUUCUAAAGGCUCAGUUAAUUUUUAUAAUAUCUUUUGUAUUAUAUCUCUUAGUUUUGUAAUACUUUUUUUUCUCUUGGUGAAAAUGCUGUAUAUUGUAGAUAUUAUAAUGUCACUCAUGUCUGUUAAAUAACCUACAUUGACCAUGCUUUCUGAGAGAAGAAUCAUUUGACAAAUUUUGGCUUUUUUUUCUAUACAGUAGAAAGCUGUUGGCCUUAUGAGGUAAUCAGUACCACUAAUGGGAUGAUAGCUAACUUGUAUAUCAAAUGCAAAAUACAGCAAGGAACCAUGGCUUGGUUCAGCAAAUACUUUGCACAAUUAAAGAUUAAAGCAAAACAGAAAAAAUGAAAGUGGAUAUACAUAGUCAUGGGAGGUGACUGACUAGAAAAGUGUUCCUCAAUAUAACUGAAUUGUCUUACAUGUUCUUUCAAUUGUUGUCCUACUUGAUAAGAAAGAGCAUUAAAUGGUGGAAAUAUUUUAUGAAAAAUAAUAAAAAUAAAAAUAUUACCUGCCUGAUGUUCAGGAAUAAGCUACUGCAAAUAAUUAUUAUUUACACUCCCAAUAAAUGAUAGUAAUAUA